GGGUCAUUGCCAUGUUUCUCUCUCGUUUCCGUGGUUUUUCCAGGCAGCGUCGCUUCUAAGUUGCCGACAAAAACCUCUGUUCUGUAAAAAUUCGUCCAUCUAUCAGCUUUGAGAGAUUGCUAGUGAUUCAAAUAUGUCUCGAAUAGCUCGAUCUCGUCUUCUUUUCUAUCUCUCGAAGAACAACAGAUCUUUUUCUUCAGUUGUCACUGCAAAUCCUCCAAAAGAGUCAAUCGCUUCUUCUGCUUCUUUUCUCAACGAUCAACCACCACCACCUUCUUCUCCUCCGAAUACCAGUGAGAAGAAAUCAUGGAGUUUUCUCAAGUUUGGGGCUUUCACUGCUCUUACUGGAGCAGCUAUAGCCACCGGUUACGCUACUUACGCAUACACCUUAGAAGAAAUGGAUGAAAAGACAAAGGCGUUCCGGGAGUCCGUGAACCACCACGCUGUAGGGGCUGAUGCAUCUAUUGUUGAUAAAUUUCAGGCUUUGCUUUAUUCAGCUGCUAUGACAGUGCCUUCUAAAGCAAUUGAACUGUACUUGGACCUUAGGAGAUCAAUUGAACAACAAGUUCGAGGAUUUACUGAGCCAUUGUCUGAAAAGCUUCUUCCCGAUUUGCAUCCUCUGGAGCAACAUGUCUUUACUCUUGUUCUGGAUCUAAACGAGACUUUAAUACACUCUGAUUGGAAGCGUGACCGGGGCUGGAGAACAUUUAAAAGACCAGGAGUUGAUUCCUUCUUGGAGCACCUAGCCCAGUUCUAUGAAAUUGUUGUCUACUCUGACCAGCUGAGUAUGUAUGUUGAUCCUAUUCUUGAAAGGUUGGAUAAGAAGGGAUGUAUACACUAUAGACUAUCAAGAUCUGCAACCAGAUAUCAAGAUGGAAAACAUUACAGGGACCUCUCAAAGCUAAACAGAGAUCCUUCUAGGAUUCUCUAUGUGAGUGGACAUGCGCUAGAAUCAAGCCUUCAGCCAGAAAAUUGUGUUCCCAUUAAGCCUUGGAAGCUUGAAGCAGAUGAUACAGCACUUCUGGAUCUUAUUCCAUUUCUUGAAUAUGUAGCACACCAUAGACCUGCUGACAUAAGACUGGUCCUAGCUUCUUAUCAGGGUCGUGAUAUUGCAACUGAAUUCAUUGAGCGUUCUAAAGAGCAUCAAAGGCGAAUGCAAGAACAGAAACAACAUGGGCAUUUAUGGUGGCGUUGAGAUAGAAAUAAUCAGAAAUGAAUUGAGGAAUGGAAUAUCUACUUUUUGACACAGAAUAGAAGGGAAAGGUGAAACAGGAUUUAUGUUUCAUGUGUGCCCAUCCAAUUCCUCCAUCCUCCCUUAACCGAGAAAGGGGAAAAAAAGGUUGGGAUAAUUUUCUUGUUCCUUGUGCAUCACAAAAUUUUGGCGGUUUCAAAUAGAUUUGAUGUAUCAUUAGCUGCGCUUACCUUUCAUAGAAAUGCUAUGAGAUGAUUAGUAGUAGAGUGUAGUCCUUUUUGUUGUAGCUUGUUUACUAGCAGCAGAGGAAGUCUAAUGUAGAAGUCCAUCUUGCAAAUGACAGUUUGGUUAUGUGUUUUCUUUAACUUUACCCAUGGAUUGAAGGAGAGAUUUUGAUUAA